GGGGACAGCCAAUUAACUCGUCGCAGCUUGUUAAAUUAUUGAGCUUAAGUCCAACUACUAAUAGCUGCAACCCUGCUGGUUAAAUACCAACACAUCCAAUUCUCUACUGCGUAAUAACUGCAACCCUGCUGGCUAAACGUCAACUCAUCCAGCUCUAUUUUCCACGAACAUCGGGCCCUUUUCGCUGUAGCUGUCGUCACGAUAAGUUCAACUUUAUAUUUAAGCGUAAGAAAGAGCACAAAUAUUUUCGCUUAAGUUCAUCAAUGUGCUGUAAAAUUCUUGAAUAAAUAAACCGGAUUAGUUCCGAGCAUUGAAGCGUAAACUAUUGCUCUAAAAUUCUCAACAUCCGAAAAUAUUUUGGUGCAGAGAUUUGACACAUGUGAGGACUGGUGCGAAAUUAUAACCUCUGCGACUAUCGUGACGUAAAGAUUCCUUUUAAAGAAUUUAGUAUAUUCUUCUCUGGAUAUCGUCGAUCUUCUAAAGAUGUUUUCGCCGACACGCGCAAACAAUACCGAAAGCAAAUCGAAUGAGCUAACCUUAACUGCGAGUGUUGGCGCGACAACGUGUACGCUACCCAGCUCAAAUGUUCCAGACCUUUCGCCGCAUGGUUUCUCGCAAAGUGCUACAUCUAUAGAUGGGUACGCACAGGCAGGGGAACGUGCGCGUGUAAGUAACGUGACUGCAACAAUAGAUCUGGGUGCUAAAGGCUCGCAAUGUGCUACAUCUAUAGAUGGGAACGCACCGGCGAGCUGCGCUACUGAGGGUAGUUAUGCGGCACCUACGACAAUCAGGCAGGGCAAUCCUUCAUUCGAUUCUGUACUAAAUGAGCAAGCGCUAAGGCAAGUAUUUACACCACCUAAUAUGGUAAGAGCAGAUAUUUUCUCGCCAGACAAUCCAUUUGAUACCGAAGCUCCGCAUGGAGCUGUUUCGAGUCCACCUGUUGCGUGGCCCGCAAACUCCACGGUUCCUAUUAGUAUGCCUCCGCGUUCAGGGUAUAUAUCUACAUCAACACAGCCAUUUCAUUUCUAUAUACCUAGUAGUCAGUAUGCUCCUCUAAGCACUACAACGCAACGAACGCACGUCUUAGGCACAAGUCACCCCUUCCAUUCCACCACUCUUCAUUAUGACGACGGCCUAGCAGGUGCCGGGUUCAGCGCACCACAAACCACGCCAUAUCAAACCGUACAAACUACAAAACAAGCAUCGCACUCAACCACAGUUCCCGCUAAUCAACAAUUUCGUUUUUAUAAUGCGAACUCAAUUCCAAUAACUGCGCCUGUUCCGACAGUUUCUUCGACGGGCAUAUUCACCGCUUCGAUUCCAUCGCAUGUACCUGGUGGUUUCUACAGUAGGCAACAAGGCGCGAAUGGGUAUGCUUCAUUUUCUCAGGGCCCAAUGGUCGAUUGCACAUUGUCCACAAUGCAGAUAGCAUCCAGGCAGGUUGUAAAUAAAGAGUUACCGGCAUUUUCUGGCAAACCAGAAGAAUGGCCUUUAUUCAUUGUUAACUAUGAGCAAUCGACUGAGCGGUGCGGAUUUUCAGAAGCGGAGAAUCUUAUCCGCCUUCAACGCUGUCUGAAAGGUGCUGCUUUAGAAGCAGUUAAAGGCAAACUAAUGACACCUUCAACCGUAACACAAGCCAUCGAAACUCUUCGCAUGUUAUACGGCAGACCUGCCGUCAUACACCAAGCAUUACAACGAAAGUUAAGGAAAGAGCCGGCAGUUCGGCACGACAACUUAGAAACUCUUAUACAGUUUGCUCUUGCGGUCCAGAACUACCGUUCCACUAUGCAUGCUAUUGGACUUUCGGCGUACUUAAACGACCCAAUGCUUCUGUCCGAUUUAUUAAGUAAGCUGCCAAGCGACUUAAAACUCGAAUGGGGUAGGCAGGUAGUAAAUAUGACACAAACUGAUUUAGGUAAAUUUGACGACUGGCUCUUUAAAUUAGCGACGUGUGCUAGUCAGGUAGUCUCUGUGAGCGCAACAACAACUGUAAGCGAGAUAAAAGGAAAACACUCGAAGUCCAGACUUCUAGUGCAUGACGUAGUUGAAAAUAAUAGCAAUAAAGUGAAGGGCCAUCCACAACAACAAUGCCAUUAUUGUCAAGAAGAUCAUAAUUUGCAAAAAUGUAAGAAGUUUUGUUUAUUAGCUAUUAAAGAGAGAUGGCAAUUUAUACGUGAGAACAAACUGUGUAUUAGAUGUUUUAAAAAGCACUUUUUGAAAAAUUUUCGUUCUAAAAGCCGUUGUGAUAUCAAUGGUUGUACAAAACCACAUAACGCUUUGCUUCACGCAGAUGAUGUAAAGGCGCUUAAUGAUACUGCUGUUAUGCUACUAAAAGAGAAUCAAAUAAAAUAA